AAAAAACUGUAUAACUAAUAUCUAGCGUAUUGAAAUAAUAUUUACAAUAGAAAGAAAAAAAGUGCAUCAGCGUGUAGCGACGUAGCGGGACACGGUUCUGAUUAGAUUAUCAGUUUUGAGUCGUUCCUCCCUUCUUCUGCUCUUUUCCCCACUGCGAGCUCUAUCCCGGCGAUCUUCCAAAAGUCCUGCCUCAACAUUAGUGCGUUUGUCGGGAUCAAAUCAUGUGAAUCGGAAGCUCCUUUGUGCGACAUGCGUACAACUCGUACGGUGUUCUCGAUUCGUACCUAUCCCGUACCCACUAGUAGUGUCAGGUUAUCCUCAUCGACGACAAGGAUAGAAUUUGCUCGACAAGAAUGCACCGAUCGUACAUCAUUCUGUUUGCCGCAAGUUCACGUCGCACGACGACUUAUCUGUUCUCCCAAGAGCUCUGCAGCGAUUGCUACAACAAAAGAGAGCCAGAAAGCAGUAGUUCAUAAUGACAUUUUCUUAUGAAACCGACAAUGAUUUGGACAAUAUAAACGAUGGAGCAUUCUUCAGUCUACUGGAAUACACAUCUGAACCAGAAUCCAUCACAUUGCACGACAUUAUUACUACCACCGCCAUCACUGCCACCGUUACCGUCACCGCCACCGCCCCUACUACCACUAUCGUUGAUGCAGAUCUGAGUAUGGGCGUAGGAGCGGCGGGUGCUUCCGUUCUGGGCCUCUCUAACACGGGUGUCAACGCUGUUCUCUCGCAACUUUGUGCCAUAUGCGGCGACCGCGCCACGGGAAAGCAUUACGGCGCCGCAUCCUGCGACGGCUGCAAAGGGUUCUUCCGACGAUCAGUCAGGAAGAAUCACGUGUACACGUGCAGAUUUAAUAGAAGUUGCGUGGUAGACAAAGACAAACGAAAUCAGUGCAGAUACUGCCGGUUACGAAAAUGUUUCAAGGCGGGCAUGAAGAAGGAGGCCGUACAGAACGAAAGGGAUCGCAUAAGCUGCCGGCGACCCAGCUAUGAGGAACAGGCGAACAACGCCAGCGGCCUGUCAGUGGCUUCCUUAGUGCAGGCUGAUAGGUUCAGCAGACAAGUUGAGUUAGGUAGCCCGAACAGUGAUAUCGAUCUUACUACGAAGCGGAUAGCGGGCAUAAAUGACGUGUGUGAUAGCAUGAAGGAGCAACUGAUGAUCCUAGUCGAGUGGGCCAAGAUCAUUCAACCAUUCAGCGAACUGUCGCUGGACGAUCAGGUCGCGUUGUUGAGGGCUCAUGCGGGCGAGCACUUACUACUGGGGGUGGCAAGGCGCAGCAUGCAUCUCAAGGACGUAUUAUUACUGGGCAACAAUUACAUCAUCACGAGGAACUGUCCUGUAAUAUCGUUGCAAUCCAUAGAAGGCAGCAACCAGCAGGACUUGGACAUCAGCAAGGUGGGCGUUAGAGUGAUGGACGAGCUGGUAAAGCCGUUAAACGAGGUCCAGAUUGACGAUACGGAAUUCGCUUGUCUCAAAGCUAUCGUGUUCUUCGAUCCGAACGCGAAAGGUUUAACCGACACGGCGAAGAUUAAGAACCUACGCACGCAGAUCCAGAUCAAUCUCGAGGAUUAUAUCAGCGAUCGUCAAUAUGACAGUCGAGGACGUUUCGGCGAGAUGCUGCUGACGUUACCGGCCUUGCAGUCGAUUUCGUGGCAGAUGAUCGAACAGAUCCAGUUCGUCAGGCUGUUCGGAGUGGCGCACAUCGACAAUCUGCUCCAGGAGAUGCUUCUGGGCGGCACCACGUCGGAAAUGAACGGCACCACCACGUCCAUAUCAAUCUCAAACACUGCGCCGGGUAGUUACGUGAGCAGCAACGGAAGUCCCAGCAGCAGUCCUUUGACGCCGACCAACGUCGACAGCCUCAGUCCGCAGGCCGAUCAGAUGCUGGCUGCGACGAAUUCGCCCGUCAUGAUCUUGAGAGAAUUACCACCGAUCGUCACCCAGGAGGAUGUCGCCUUCAGGUUUUUUAAGCAAGAGCCCGAGUCCACCUUCUGACUAGAUCGGGAAUCCAACUUCUCGUUGACUAGUUGUUUCGAUUAAUAAUAAUUUUUGAAGAGAAAAAAAUUUUUUACAACAUAUAUCAAAUAGAUCUUGUAUGUUAUCAAUUAGAAUAUAUAACGAAAUUUUGUAUUUUUCUAAGGCAUAUUUCACACUUCAUAUCAGAAGAACAAAACAUUUUUUUAAGUAUUCUAUUGAUAUCGAGAAAAGUUGAUAUGUAAUGGAAGAUAAAGUAAGAUAGCAGAAAAGUAGCAGUGCCUGAGAGAAAUAGAUGUGGAACUACUUAGAAUCGUAUACGUGGAGUUUUGUACAAUUGUAAGUUUGACGGUGCAACAUAUCAUGUUUCCAGUUGCAAUUUAUAAUGAACAAUAAUAAUUAGCAACAAUCUAAUUGACAGUUAGUGAUUAACACAAUUAGUGAUUGAACUUGAAACAAGGAUUGAAAUCGGUGUAAUUUUGGCAAAUUUGUGCUAUAUAUAAAAAAAUUAGAUAUAAAAAAUUAGCUUCUAAAAUAAUUUUCGAAUUUUUGAAAUCCAAAUUCAGCGGAAUAAUACCAGUUUCAAUCAUUGACGUGGAGAAAUAAGAAAAAUAAGAUUACGCUCGAUUCAAUCAUUGUUUAGAAGUACGUCGUAUUAAAUAAGCAGAGAUAAUUACGCAUCUAUCAACGAGAAAUAUUUUUUUACUGUUUUGCUCAGUCCAUGAAUCGGACAAACGAUGUUAAUAUAUUUUGUAAUUGUGUAAAUAGUACGAUAUAGAAUAACGUAAUAACAUAUAUAACAUUCCAAAUAUAUUCAUUCGUUGUAUAAACAUUAGUUAUAGAUGUUUUAUAAGAGAGUUGAUGAGGGGAGGACGCGCGCGUGCUAAGUAAUUAUCGAGCGCGAGCUUCCUGCAAAAUGAAGAAUGCGCCAUUGCAAUGCAAUUUAUCAUUAGUAGCAUAGUACUAAGGAAUGCGCGUGCAUUGGCAUUUUGUACAUGCGGAUAUUGAACAGUCAGUAAACCGGCUGUGUCUGAUCUGGAUGGCUAGUGCACGUCACCAUAGUGUUAAGUUCUAGCGAAAUGUUCACGUAGACACCGUGGUCUGAUAGAAAACAAUAGUGUAAUAAUCAGGUAAACACAGGGAUGAUAAGAGAAGUAAUGAAGGCGUACAGAUUUGUGCUACGAUUAUGAUACGCAAGAAUAGUUCUAAGCUUUGAGAAUAAUUUUGUGCAAAUGUGAAACAGUAAAUUGUUUCUAUUCUCGAUAUAUGUCUGAUGAGAUUAGGCCUUGACCUGAAAAAUUUAUGCAACAAACUUUACACAACUAAAACAUGUGUCUAAAUUGAGGACAGUAGUUUGUACAAGGCAUACUUCGGGAUUUUAUUUUUCUUAUUUAUUAUAAUUGUAUAAAAUGUGUCAUAUUUGCAAUAUUAAAUUUUAGAUAAUUCCUCAUGAGAAAUGUCUAUCUAAUGUUAGACAAUACAUUUAUACACAAAUUCACAAUAUAUAAUGUUAUGUAAAAAGACAUACUUUACAUAAGUCAUAGAUUUUAGCACAAUAAGUCUGGCGAAUAUAUUUUCUAUUUUUGUACGAAGAUAGUUUCAAAGUGUUAAUGUUUCGUUAUAUAAAAUAUUAAAUAAUGUAAUAAAGGAAACGUUAUCGCUGAUGAAACGAUAUUCCGUUGGAAAAUUAA